GCACUAUUUUCGUUGCGAAACAAAUCUACUAUCAAAAUGAAGGUUACCGUUGCUCUCCUGGUUGCCACUCUGGCUGUCGCCGCUCAGGGAUCAUAUCUGCCAACCGUUUGGCCACAAUCGAGUGCAUGGAACUCCUGGAAUGGAUGGAACGGUUUGAACGCAUGGGACAACCAUGGCAUCGCGACUUAUCCGUAUGCCAAAUUGUGGUCUGCUGGAUGGCCAGUUGCCUCUCAAUGGAACAACGGAUGGAACGGAAAUUAUGGUGGUGUGGACAAGUUGAACUCUUGGGGACUCCCAUGGGCUGGCUAUGGAGCCGGUGCUUAUGAAUGGGGCCACCACGGGCUCGCCAAGACCGUCGUGCCAGUGGGUAAGCAGAUCGCUUCCACUCCAGGAUCGCUCCAUGUUGCUUCAGUCCCAAUCGGUGGGGAGAAAGUUGUUGGAUUGUAUUGAAAUAUGAUGUAUGUAAAGA